AUGACAAACUUUGUACAAACAAUUAAAGACAAAGAAAUAGUAAAGAAAGCCAAUAUCCGAGGAAAGAUUAAGGGCAUUAUUUAUUUUGAUCAAUCGAAUCAAAAAUAUGUCCUGAUUAUUAAUAAAGUUUCUGAUUUAUAUGCUAUCAGACUAAUUAAAUAUGAGAUCGGGAUUACAUUAGAAAUUACGAUAAAUGCAGUCAAAAGAUAUCCUAACUUGAUGGAAUUUUAUUCAACAAAAGAGGAUGCUUAUGAAGAGGUUAAAGAAAUUCAGGAGAAUCCAGAACUGAUAAAUCAGUGUAUUUAUGAGAUUGAAACGUAUGAAGAUGAAACCGAAAAUAAUAUACUACUUAUAGGCGUAGCUGGUAGUGGUAAAUCUACUCUAGCCAAUGUAAUUAGUAAUACUAACAAUUGUGAUGAAAGUGAAGGAUCAGUUAGCAAAUCUCAACAUUUUAAAAUCAUAGACUUUGAGUGGAAUGAAACUAAAUAUCGAGUAGUCGAUACUGUUGGAACGGGAGAUAUAAACUUAACAAGAAAUGAGGUUUUAUAUAAAAUGGGAGAAGCAAUUCAUUUAAUGAAAAAAGGGAUAAAGCAGAUAUUUGUGGUAAUAAAAUCAAGAUUUACUAAUGAAGCAAUAGAACCUUUUGACUAUAUCCAAAAGAUUUUUAAGAACGUUGAUCAACAUAUUACUAUUAUUAGAACUGGGUUUGAAAAUUUUGAAGACAUGGAAGCAUGCGAAAAAGACAAAAAUGAUUUAAGAAAUUCCAAUAAAAAACUUGCUAGCAUAGUAAAUCAAUAUAAUAUCAUUUAUGUUAAUAAUCCUCCAGAGAGUAAAAGAAGACAAGUUCGAGAGAAGUCUCGAAGAAUAAUAAUGUCAUAUUUAGAGUCUUGUCAAGGAAAUUACAAAAUGGAAAAUUGGGAUAAUGUAUGUGUUAGAAUCAAUGAUUUAAUGAAUGCCAAAAAAUGGGGAGAUAAGAAUAAAUUUGAAAAGGCUGCAAAUAGGAUGAAAAAAGAAAUCAUUUCUGAAAUGGACAAACAAGUAGGGAACCAAUUAAACCAAUCAAUAAGACAGAUCAUUCAGGAAGAAUCGGCAAAUACUCCAGUUUUAA